AUGACUAAUGAACCGAAGUCGAAGACGCCUAGGUCAAAGCAUUCUGCAACAGAGCAGCGGAGGAGAAGCAAGAUCAAUGAUAGAUUUCAAAUGUUGAGACAACUGAUCCCUAACAGUGAUCAAAAACGUGACAAGGCGUCACUCCCACUAGAGGUUAACGAGUACAUUCACUUCUUAGGGAAAGUAGACAAACACAAGGUGGUUCCCUACCAAGGAAAGCUUAUGAAUUGGUUUUCUUCUAAUUUGUCUAUGAUUUUGUUAAACCAUUUAUCUCCCCAAUCCUCACAGCCUUGUCCAUCAGCAUCUGAUGCUGAUGCUGCUACAAUGGAGUGUGAAAAUCUGAGUGAAGUAGAGGAGGAAGAGGAGCUUUCAGUUAAUAGGGAUACCAUCAGUAUAUCAAGUGUUUACUUCCAAGGGUUAUUAAAAACAUUAACAGAAACACUCCAGAGAUCAGGAGUGGACUUGUCAAAAUCAAGCAUCUCUGUCCAAAUCAAGCUCUCUAAACUUCCUCAAAAGGAUGAAGAAAUUCAUCUGAGGGUUGGACAUCGGUCGCCAAAUGGAGAUGAAACCCACAACGAUGACUAA